UGGAUCUCGGCCCAUCCCCUGUCAUGCUGCAAACCCAAAUCCAUGAUGCACAGUAGUAGUGUAUAGGCCGUUUUUAGGGUUGCUGGCUGGACCUAUUUGUGUGGUAGUAGUAGUAGUAGUAGUACGACGGAGUACAGCACGCAGCAUGGGUACCGAUGCGGUUCUGCAUGCAGACUAGACUGUACGAGGCCCACGGAAUUCAAUCAAACCAAACACUAAUUUGCCAGUUCUCUGAAAAAUUGGCACAAUCGUUGAUGCGCUGCAUUGUACUUGGACUUUGGACUUGCGGGCUGGACCGGCCGACCGCCGCGGCGACCCACAUACGGCCGGCGGAGGGGUAUUCGAGACUGCUCCAAGUCCCUGCAGAUUGUCAUGGAUGCUAUAUUGGUAUGGCAGUUGGCGUGCACAGUAUCAAUGUGUCAUGCGGCAGAUCCAGGAAUGCCAGUGAUGGAGAAGAGGAGAACUCUCCCUACGAGUUGCGAUCCAAAGACAGAAAGCUCCGUACUGACUCACUUUCGAGAUGCCUGGUAUCCGUCUACGUGUACAUAUGUAGUAUGGAGCAAGGUGGAACGACCAGCUGCGAAAAGAGGCACAAUGCACUGACGUCUGAUUCAUGCCGCCGAUGGGUGCCCUCCCUACCCAAAUUUGCGGCGCAAGGCAAUAGCCCAGGUUGUUUAGCUCAGCUUUUGAGCUUGACUCCUCAGUUUGAGUACGAGCUUCGCUACAUAAACUAGAAUGCACCCUAGGUCACACUCCCAUGGAGAUAAUUAUCCGAGGAAACCCGCUCGGUCGGGGUCCGGCAGACGGGAGUGGGGGGGCCGCCGGGAAGGUGGAGACGUGUCAGCCGACCUGCAUGAUGUGGCUGGACGUUUACUCCGCCCAGGGACUAGGUACGUGCCUCGGUAAAGCUAAAUGAAGAGUCGACCAUGGGUGGCCUAGUUGAGCCACAACAGAUGAAUUCGCAAGUCAGUCACAGAUUGAGAGCCUGCGUAUGGCCGGCCACCUGAAUAGAACAUUGGCACAUGCCGAAAAGGCCUUUGGAAUUUAACCAACGUAGCAACCGCAGCCAAGAACGGAGGCCGAGGCCGAAAGAGCUCGCCU